AUGGCACCCAAAAUCACCCUCUACACCAGCUACGCCUGUCCCUGGGCGCACCGCUCCCAAAUCGCCCUCCGCGAACUAAAACUAGCCUUCCAAACCGAAAUAAUCGACCUCAAAGUCCCCCGCACAGCCGAAUACCUGGCCAUCAACCCGCGCGGUCUCGUGCCCGCUCUCGUCUACAACGACGAAGUGCUCACCGAAUCAGCCAUCGUCUCGCAAUUUCUCGUCGACGCGCAUCCUUCUCACUUGGAGAAAACGAGUUCCGAGCCUGGAGGUGCGCUGCAGAGAGCUAGGAUUAACUUUUUCGUGGAUACGUAUUUUAGUAAGAUUAAUAGUCUGAGCUAUCCGGCGUUGAAGGCGGCGAGGGGGGAGGAGAAGGAGAAAGCUGCGAAGACGCUGGGGGAUGCUAUUGUUAAGGAGAUUGAGCCGCUGCUGAAGGAUGCGGGGCCGUUUUUUGGGGGGAGUGAGAGGUUGACUUUGGCUGAGGUGCAAACUGCUUCGUUCGUGAUUCGGCUGUUGAGUUUUGGGAAGGUUGAUAUUUUGCUUCCUCCUAGCUUUUUGCCUGCGCUGGAGAAGGACGCGCCGAAUUUCUGGAAGUGGGCUAAUGCGCUUACGAAGGAGGAGAGUGUUACUUAUAUCUGGGAUGAGAAGAAGGUUACUGAGGGCACUAUCACCCGUCUUGGUUUAAAUAAGCAGGUAUGA